ACGACGUGUACUCACACGCCACUAUCGCCGACACGCCGCCGCCGCCGAUCAGUGUGUGUCUCGAGGGCUAUGCCGUGACAUGAACGCCGGCGAAUCGUACAAGGUGCUCGUGCUGGGCGACUCGAACGUCGGCAAAACGUGUCUGAUGCACAGGUUCUGCGACGAGACGUAUUACGACACGUAUAUAUCGACCAUAGGAGUCGAUUAUAAACAGAAGAUAAUUCAGUUGGACGAAAAACCAGUAAAAUUACAAAUAUGGGAUACUGCUGGGCAAGAACGAUUCCGGACACUGACUACAGCUUACUAUCGGGGCGCAAUGGGUAUAUUACUCGUUUAUGAUGUGACGAAUCUGGACUCAUUCGACCAUUUGACGUACUGGUUGAAGAAUAUUCAAGAGAACGCUUCGCCGGAUGUCAUCAAAGUUUUGGCUGGUAACAAAUGUGACAACGAGACAGUGAGAGCUGUGGAUAAAGCAGACGGAGAAAAAAUAGCAGAAUGUUAUGAUAUGCCGUUUUUCGAAGUUUCGUGUAAGAUGGAUGUAAACGUGGAAGAAGCGUUUCAGGCAUUGGCCAAAAUGAUCAAAGAACGUUCCCAAUACUCUGGAGCGUUCGGGCUGAGAGACGAAACGCCAAGGGAGAAAUGUUCGCCACUUUUCGAAAAAGCUUUUGCUGAAUCUACACGGAAGUGCAGUUCCUGUUAAUGUCCAUGACUGUAAUAAUUAUUAUUAUCAUAACGAUUUAGCUAUUUAUAUUUUUAUGAAAAUCUAAAAGCCUAUAUUAAUUAUACCUAAUACACGUGUUGGCUUAUAACCGCGCCUAUCUAUCUGACGUCGAGAAAUGAAUAAACAUGCUAUAAGGAACGUUGUUGAUUAGUGAUUACUACAUAAUAUAAAUAGCAAAGACACAAUAUAAUACUUAUAAUAUUAUAAAUUUAUUA